AUGGAGAGCUAUAAGGAAAUGGUGAACAACUCCAGGAUCAUCCUGGAUGAUGGGAACUACGGGUUUUGGAAAGCUAGGAUCAGAUCCAUGAUCAAAGGGAUCGAUCCACUGGCAUGGAAGGCAGUAACAGAUAAAUGGGAAGAACCACUGGUAGCUGAUGCCAACGGAGUCUUUCAUCCAAAACCAGAAGAAAGUUGGACUGAAGAGGAGUCAAAAAGAGCGAAGUACAAUUCAAGGGCGCUGACUACUAUUCACACCAACAUAUCAAGAAAGACAUUUGAGCUGAUUCAAGGUGUUGAGACUGCCAAAGAAGCAUGGGACAUACUUCAGAUGCAGUACGAAGGAACAACAAAGGUUCAAAACUCCAGAAAGGACAUGCUUGCUUCUCGCUUUGAGAAUCUAAAGAUGGAGGAGGAUGAAACCAUCUCUGAAUUCAGUUCGAAACUGAGUGCUCUAGCACAAGAAGCAGCGGUGUUAGGCAAAAAAUACAAGGAUAAGAAGCUGGUGAAGAAAUUCUUGAGGUGUCUGCCAUCGAGGUUUAUGGGGUACAAAUCAGCACUCAGUGUGUCCAGUAACACAGAGAACAUGCCAUUCAGUGAACUUGUAGGCAUGCUGAAAGCUCAUGAGAUGGAGCUAGACAGUCAGAAGAAGCCUAAAAGUCUAGCUCUAAAGUGUGAAAACCGUAUCACUGAAGAUGAGGAAGACGAUCCCAUAAGUCUUCUGGUUCGGAGGUUUGAUCGUGCUUUGCGGAAAACUGGGAAACCUCAGAAGAAGGUUGCCUCCUUCAAGAAGACAACUGAAGUGGACAAGUCUAACAGAAAGAGUGAGGAGAUUCAGUGCUAUGGCUGCAAAGGAUUUGGACACACUCAGCUGGAAUGUGUCAAUGAUCAAAAUCGCAGGAAGGACAAGUCCAUGUUGGCUGAGGAAGAAUCGGAUGAUGAUUCAGAGGAUGACUCAGUCGAAGAGACAAACAACUUCGUGACGUUUAUCGGGAUCGCUGAAAUUGAGGAGGGACAGGAGUCAGAGUCAGAGCCUAAAGAAGAAAAGGAGGAUGAUCUCAUGAGCAGCUACAAGGAAGUACGUCAUGUCCUGGUUAGUCUCAACCAAGAAAACAGUGAAUUGAAGAAAGAAAACCAGAGACUGUCUGUACUAGUCGACAAGCUCAGCAAAGAUCUCGAAGCAGCAAACGCACUUGGCCAGGGAAGUGUCAAUCUGAUCAAGGAGAAGCUGGAGUUAGCCAACAAAGCUGAAGGUCUGAGGCAGCAUUUAAAGGUUGAAAACCAGAUAUCGGAGAAGAUGGAGUCUAAACUAGAUCAGCUAAAGAAGCAGAUUCAGAUGUUCGCAGGAACCAAGCAACUGGACAAGAUCCUGAGCUACGGAUGUCAAGCCAAUACGAAGCAUGGAUUGGGGUACAGUGGAAGGGAACAGAAGAGCUCAGAUGAAAUCAAGUUUGUUUCAUCAGGAUACAACCGGCCUGAAGAUCAAAGACCUGUCACCAAACUGCGAAAAGGACGAGAGUGCUAUUACUGUGGCAAGAUCGGACAUAUCAAGGCAUACUGUUACAGCAGAUGGAACAGGGUUCAGAAACUGAUGAAGCAACGGAAGUUCAGUUGGAAUGGACCCACGAAUCAAGUCUGGCUCAGGAAAGAGGAUUUGCGAUUCGAACCUAAGGGACAACAGAAGAAGAAUUCUUUCAAGCCAAAAGAAUUCACUGUUAAGAGAUCUUUCAGGGAUGAUCCAAUGUCAAUGCUGUGGCAUGGAUUCAAGUGCAACAUGGCCCAAGUUGAGAGCGAUGAAGACGAGUCAGAGCCUUGGUACUUCGAUAGUGGCUGCUCACGGCACAUGACUGGAAACCGAAGCUACCUCCGAAAUGUUAAGAAGAUUAAGGGAGGAAGAGUCACGUUUGGUGAUGGAAGUGUCGGUGCCAUACAAGGAAAAGGCAUUACAAAAGACGAAGAUCAGCCUGAUCUAGUCAAUCUGUGGCACCAGCGACUCGGACACAUGAACAUCAGGAAUCUCAAUGAUCUCAUCUCAAAGGAGAGCAUUAGAGGAGUUCCAAAGAUCAAGGGAGGAGAUAAGUUUGUGUGUGGAGCAUGUAACCAAGGCAAACAGGUGAAAGUCCAACACAAACGAGUACCUGACGUACAAUCCAAAGCACCACUUGAUCUAGUUCACAUGGAUCUGAUGGGGCCAGUUCAGACAGAGAGUUUGGGAGGUAAAAAGUAUGUGUUUGUGCUGGUUGACGACUUCACCAGAUUCACAUGGGUUAGGUUUCUCCGAGAAAAGUCUGACACGGCGGAUAGCUUCAGAAUCUGGGCUUUACAAUUCAUGAAUGAACGAAGUUCAAUCAAACGAGUCAGGAGUGAUCAUGGGGGAGAGUUUCAGAACGAGUUCAUGAAGUUGUUCUGUGAAAGUCAUGGAAUAGCACAUCAGUUUGCUGCACCCAGAACUCCACAACAAAACGAUAAGCAGUCAGCACAGUGCUACAUCUUGAAUGACAAGGAUCAUCUUGGGAAGUUUGAUUCAAGGAGUGAUGAAGGAAUUUUUCUGGGCUACUCAGGUCAUAGCUCAGCCUUUCGUGUGUUCAACAUGAGGACAAAGGUUCUGGUUGAGUCAGUAAAUGUGGUGUUCGAUGACUACGCUCAGAUGGAAUGGGAGAAGCCUCUGAUCGGGAGUGAUUCUGAAGGUGACGAAGGUGAUUGGGUAACACAGACAGCAGAGGCGAUGCAACAGCCAUCUGUGUCAACCGAAGAGCCUCAGAUCAUGACUCAGGAGAACACAAAGCAAGUUCAUCGGAAUCAUUCAGCCUCAGAUAUCAUUGGUGAGGUGAAUGAAGGGAGGAAGACUCGUGGCAUUCAACUGGAUUUCAAGAAAAUGGUUGAGAAGUUCUCUGAGAUGGUGUUCUAUUCCUGCUUUGUGUCAGUGAUUGAACCGAAAGAUCACAGACAAGCGUUGCAGGAUGAGUUCUGGAUUGUUGCCAUGGAACAAGAACUCGAGCAGUUUGUUCGAAAUGACAUGUGGGAACUAGUGCCACGAGUCCACGACCGAUGGAUUGCAACAUUGUGGGAACCAAGUGGAUUUUCAAGAAUAAAAUUGAUGAGAAUGGAGCAGUGGUUCGAAACAAAGCUCGUCUAG